UUUCAGGUCUACAGGCAUGUUACUACUCAAGCUCGUGUGGUGUUAUUUCAGCCUCGUGCGCGUCGUUGUUGCUGCGCAUGCAUGCCGAUGGAGAGUUGCAGCUGAGGCCGUGGCGCUGCCCCCUUACGUUGACUUGAGGGGCCGCCAUCACGUCUGUCAGCCCUGAAAACUGAACGACAGUAUACCGAAUAUGUGACUGAACUGUGAGCAACUGUGAACCAAAAGGUUGUGAGCAACAGCUCUAGGCUGUAGUAAAGGACGUGGGCAAUUCAUCCGUAGCAAUUCGUGUUGUUUUGAUAUCGGUGUGGUCUGUGAUAUCAGUGUUCGGUAUAAUCGAGUCAUUCCGUUCGGUGGGAUUUGCGCGUUACUGAUUUGGAGAUUUUAUCUUAUAAACAUCUGUAGGUAGCCUCGCUUUGACCCUUGAGCAGAGCCUGGAUUCCAGUACACAAACCAGCGCGGCCUGAUUUCACGACGUAUGCUUGCCGGGAGUUUGUAGUGCUCUGCAUUAUUAUUGUCAUCCAUUGAGAUUCAGAUAUUGCUAUAACAAUUAUGGCAUCGAAUAACCAACGGGCACCUUCGGCUCCCCUACCUCCUAGAUGGUCCAAUGAGAGUAAAAAAAAUUCUAAAGAACAACAGCAACAGAUACUGAGUCAAUUGAAGGAGAUGUUUGAUUCAAUUCUAGAACCAGAGAUAAUUUUGUCAGUAGUUCAGAAUUGUCAAUGGAAACUACAACCAUCCAUCAAUGCACUGAAUAUGCUGUCGGAGAGCACAGAAACCCCUAUUAAUCGUAUUGGUCAAAAUGUGGGUUGGCCAGGCAUGCCUCCAACUUCGAAUUUCACUCCAAAAAAUAUAAACACUGAAGGACAGUCAAAGAAUGAAAAUAUGGAUAAAAUAGACUACAAAUCCAAUGUUGAGUAUGACACUAGCUUCUUGCAUUUAAAUGACCAGGAGCUCUUGAGACAGCAGGAGGAAUCCCGCAAGUUUGAACUUCUCAAGAAAGAUUUAGCUGAAAAAGGUUUUGCUUAUUCAGGAGAUAAUGAAAAUGUCUCAAAGCCAAUGUACAGCACUGAAAACAACAAGAUUCCAGCUCCAAAACUGCAGCAAUUUGGCCAUCUUUGGUCAACCUUACGGGCUCCAGAAAAACAAGAACCCUCAAAAGUUUACUUUUGUAGUGAUGUUGAGAGCAACUCGACCGGUGGAAUCCAAAUCAAUUCAACAAUGAAUCAACUCUGGAUGCCAAACUCCGCAGAAGAAGAAAGAAAGGCUAACAGAUAUCAGUUUAAUAACCUCUUUGGUCGCAAAUCGCAGUUGUCACGUGAUUUCCCACUCCAUAAACUAUCAAAUAAAGGCAUUAUACCGAAAAACUCAAAGACCCAAACUUCGCAGUGUUCCUCUCCUCAGCAGAAGAAUAUCGAUCCUGCUAUCAUCACAUCUCGGAAUGCUUCCGCGUUACCUUCAAAGAACUUGAACGGUAUUGCGAGCCCAAAUACUCAGCCUACAGAAGAGAAUCCAAAGGGGUUUCAGUUUAAUCAGUACGAUCGAUGCUCCUUCAACUCCGCUGAAUAUAAUUUAAAAAAUUUUCGUCAAGACAUUGGAGAAUCUCACCAGCCACCUGAUGUGGUGCAACAGCAAGUUACCCAGUUUGACUCAAAUUACGAUAUUGAAACUAAGACACGAACAACUGGUAGCAAGACAAAUUCGCACAAGGGAGAGAUGGAAUCGCUAUGUGGAUUGAAAGUACAAUAUCGUCUACCAGGGUUGGAAAACAGCUCGGAUGACGAUGCCGAUGUUGUGAUAGAGGAAGAGACAACUGACUAUCCAACGCAAAUUCCAUCUUUGGUGUCAGCUAAUGUUUGCCAGUUCAUAUCAAGUUCAGCACCAAAUACACCCGAUGAUAAGCGUCCUAAAAUUCGACCUGCAAAUAGACCCUCAUCGCCAAAAUCACCUCAAUGCAAUACAUACGAUAACACGUUGAAGAAAAUCAUUGCUUCUAUAGUUCAGGGGCACAAAGUACUCAUUAUUCUGCGAGGCCUACCUGGAAGUGGAAAAUCACAUUUGGCAACCAACAUUGUCAAAUCUUCAGUAGGCGGGGAUCCAAAUCAAUUCAUUUUCAGUGUCAAUGAUUUUUUCGUCAUGUUAGGAGGAGGUGUGUGUCAGUAUGCUCACUCUAAGCUAAUGGAUGCCCACAAUUAUACUCAGAAAAGAGUUUGCAAUGCUCUCAAAGAAGGCGUAAGCCCAGUUAUCCUAAGCAAUACCAACACCCAGGCUUGGGAAAUGCAGCCAUACGUUGUAAUGGGCGUUCAAAACGGUUAUCUCAUCGAAGUUCUGGAACCCAACACUCCAUGGUGUAGAAACAUUAAUGAGUUGGUAAAAAAAAGCACACAGGGUGUUUUGAAAGACACUAUAAAACAAAUGAUGGAUAGGUACGAGUGCAAUAUCACCAGCGCUAAACUCAUUGAACGGUUUGCACUCAGUUACUCUUUGGAUAACAUUCCUCCUCAGCCAAGGAAGUUUCCUCCCCUGGGCCCUACAUCGAGCGAGCCACAAGAGAUUCACACCAUAAGAUAUGAGAAGCAAAAAUCCAAGAGAAAUCGACGCAGAAAAAAGAACCUUAACUCUAAUUUGGAAUCGUCUAAUUGUCUGCUCAGCGAUUCGGAUAAGAACAUGAAACAUGCGGAGAACUCUCUGAAGUCAAACAGCGGUGAUGGCAACACUUUACAAAAUAUUGUGUCAAACGCCCUCAUGUCUGAAAACGACACUCUGAAUAAAUCUCUGGUUGAUUAUUGCAUCGAGACUGACUCCGGUGACGAUUUAGACCCUGACCGGGUUCCUGCCCAAGAAAAAAAUGGUGCAACACACAAUUUACUCGGAACAAGUGAAACUGAUCAAUCUUUUUCCACCUUUGAAAACGAAGGUGGGACACCAUCGCCAAUAAUAUCGGACCCCCUGAAAGUGCAGUCUUCUUCAAAAUUAAGGAACACGAAGAAAAUUACCAAUAAUUCUCAGCAGAACCUGGGAGCUAUAGGAUCAGAAAGAAAGGGCAGUGUUACGGCAAUUGAUUGUGUUAGUCCAACAAUGGAAAAAAGAGAAAACAAACAGGAUAAUGUCGAAAAUGUGCUCUCCCAAUGUUGGGAUUUUACAAUGCUUGUCAAUGGGAGGCAAAUACAUAGUACCUCUCAUUACCCUAAGGUGAAGCAUGAUCUUCCUGGGACGAACAAACCACAGAAGCCGACUCCCGACAUUCCAACAGGCGUUAUAAUAACAGAAAUUCAAGAUGACGAAUUUGGUACUUCUCCUAAGAAGUCUACAGUGUUGGAAGAACCCAUGAAUGAAGAAAUGCCAGUUGAAGAUCCUGACACUAUAAUGAGUAAUAUAAUAAAUAAGAUGGAUGCUUCUGAAAUGGAGGCAACCCCAUGCUACGAAAACAUAGCUGUCGACAAAGAUGUUCCAACAGAAUCAAAUCACACAGAGUCAGAACAGAGCUUUGAAACGGAGCGUAAAGCGUCAGAGUCGGUAAGCUCAAUCGGCUCCAUAUUUAGUAUGAUUAAGAAAUCCCUCUUGGGUCGGGGCUCAGAGUCCAAGCAAGCGCCUACACAAAACGUGAGGAGUGAGGAAAGUAUGAUGAAGUUUAAACGUCAGACAAAUGAUAAUUCUCUGUCUGAAAAUGACGCAUACGAGAAUGAAAUGGCACACCGGGAACCCAGUGCCUUUGUUGUUAUUGAUAAGAAAGAUAAGAAAGACGAAGGCUUUUCUGAAGUUGAAAUAUCUACUACAACAAUUGACGAUAGUCUGAGUACAAAAUUGUCUAGAAAUUCAAGUACUGCUUUGCCCACUGAUGUCGAGCAAGAUUCAUGUCGGAUAUCAAAUUCUGUCAGUUACGGUACCUUAGAAACAGACGCUGCAGAAUACCUCGUUGACGAUAACCUGUCAAAGAAACUUUUGGAAGACGAAGAAAUGGCUGAUAAGAUCGCCUCUAUCAGUAGCUCCAAUCCAGAGGCUCUGUUAAUUUCCAAAACACAAAAUCAGACUCGAAAUCCGUGUAUCAAUGCAAGCAUAGAUUCCGAUGAUGUUCUGAUAAAAAAUUCAGAAGAAAAACUUGAGGACGUCGGCAACAAUAUCUCUGAAUCAAUCUCAGCAUGUUUGAAGUCUAAUCAAACCACCCCCACCAAAGAUUUAAUUGACGCAGAUACUGAGAAAUUAGAAAUAGUCAAUGUAGUUGUUGAACCAAAUACAAAUUGUAAAUUAAUUGGCGAAAAUCCCGAAGAGAAAGUAAUGGGAGUUCUCAGCAAUCAAAGCCAAAGGACAGAGCACAUACUCCCGUUAUAUGACAUUCUAUCCGACGCAGUUAAUAGAUUAAUCAUACCAGAGAUGCAAGAAAAACAGCUAGUCGAUGACAAUAUAUCUGAGCUAUCAUUCCCGGAAGAGGAAGCUAAUACCAUUCAACAGGUCCCAGUCUUUGAUGGGUGCAAUAAUGAAGAAGAAUCAAAAUUUCAAGUGGCUGAUGAAAAAACGCAAGCCUCUCAAAAUUUGUCGUUGGAUUCUAAUACAGUCGAAAAAACUCUGCGUGAUUCAGAGAUAAUCUCAGAGGACGAAUCUUCAAUGGAACAAUGUUGUGAGGAUUGUGAUUCUACAGGAUGCAGAACACCUGCCGAAUGGCUACAAGGAGAAAACUCUGUGGAUCUUAGUACAGAAAAAAAUCAAGAUCCAAGUCCACAACUCAUAGUAGACAAUAUGAAUCAAGUUACGUGGAAACAGUCUCCGUUUCCCAUUGAUGAUAUAACUUUAGGGCUGAUUUCAAAUGAAAUCCCACCAGUUGUGAGCAAAAUAGACUCUUGCACAAAUACAAGCAAUUAUGACUUCAACGUUUUAUAUGUCGGUGGCACCUCAGAGCAAGAAUAUAAAGUUUUGAGUACGCAAAGCAGGACAAUAAAUAGCAAUUCGUCACUAGUCUUGGAAGAAAAACCCCCUCUGAAACUGAUGCUGGAUAAAAGUUCAAUGACAUCGGUAGUGGAUAUCUUGAGUGGGGAGGAAAGUUUGGAAGUCAGAACGGAGGUUGAAACUAUGAAAGACUUAGCUGAGCUCAUAGAAAUGUUUUCCAAUAUUCCUUCAGAGGAUAUCACAGAGGUUUACAAAAAUCUCUGUAGCUCAGAUUUCAACUGGGCGGUAGACGUGCUCCUUGACGGAGUUCCCGAACACGUAACUCGGUACACGAAGAUUGAUUCGCCUAAAAUUAACAUUGAAAAGCGAACCUCUACUUCAGAAGCUAAAGAUACUGAGAGCGAAAAUUUCACAUCCUCCAAGGAAAGGCUCGACAGAUCAAAACAACAAUCCGGCAGUUUGGAAUUACAUGACGGUGAUUCUAAAUCGCAACAACAAAAUUUCAGUCCAAGAAAAAAAAGAGAUAAGCACAGAGUAUCGGAGGAAAUCUUAGAACUCAAACGACAAAUAGAAGAGAAAAUGGUGAUAAAUGAAGCCAGCUACAAUCCACAUAUACUGAGAGUCAAGAGGUGGAAAAACGGGAAGCCAGAUAUAGCAGUGGAGGAGAAUGCAGAGACACGAACAAAAAAUACCAUAGAAUUCUCUUCCCAACUAUCUGUGGACUACGAAGAGAAUGCAUGUGAAACUCAAUCACCAAAGACCUCAGACAGUGCAGACGAUUUUACAGAAGAUGAUAUCGAGCCAGAGGAGAUGAUGGAGUUGAAUUUAGGACAAAAUUUCAUCAAAAACCUGGAAACUGAGUUUGGAGAUUCUGAUUUUCAAUUUCCUGAUGGUCUUUUUCCUGUCAUUCAAAUAAAGAAGUCCAUGGCCCAGCAGCUCCAUGCACUUUGGAUCGAAAGUAUGGAGCAACAACUCCAUGCGCAGCAAGAACAACUUGAUAAAAUGAUUGAGAAAGAUGCGGAAUAUGCCAGAUCACUGGAACAGGAGGAAGCUCAGCAUUGUGUGGAGCCUGUGGUUCCAAAUUUGUCGGAGAUAAUGGAUAUGGAAUUGGCUUUAGCCAUAUACAACAAUGACUUGAAAAAUCGGCAGAAACUAGAAACUUCUAACGAUUUGGCAUCCCGGCUAACGCGAAAAAUGCUCCAUGAGAUGUUCAUCGAUCAUGAUCCGGAAACUUUAGAUGAAAUUCUCAAUGCCCAUAAUGGAAAUUUCAAGGAAACGCUAGACAUCCUUGAAGCGAGCACUGGACGAGUCGUAGACCGGAAUAAUACUUUACAAAAGCAAAAAAACCUCAUCGACAGGGCCAAAAAAGAGUCAGCCCAAUCGGUUGAAGUCGAGAUGCAUUUGAGAGCGUCGGUCUUUGCUGCCAAAGACACUGACCUCAACUACUCUGGUAGUUCUGAUUUAUCGCCAAUCACAUACGAGGCGGCAUUAGAGGAAGCUCAUGCAUCGAGGAAAGAUGCGCAACAUCACCUAUCCUUGCGCAAUGAGAAUUUUAACAAAGCAACUGACGCGUUUAGGAAAGGCAAUAGGGAAGUUGCCGCAUACUAUUCCCAAAUGGCAAAGUUACAUUCUAGAAAGAUGGAAUACGCAAACGCGACAGCUGCCAAUGCUUUUCUUACGGCACAAGACUAUGUGAUGAACACGGACAAUACUUUAGAUCUCCAUUAUCUUUAUGUAACAGAAGCUCUCCAGGCGCUCGAGGUCUUUCUAGAUCAUCAAAUAUCAAGGCUCAAUGGCGGAAAUAAGAAGACUAAACAUUUGUAUAUAAUUACUGGAAGAGGCGCAAGGAGCAACCGUGGAUUGAGUAGAUUGAAACCAGCUAUCUCCAAAAAGCUUGCCUCUAAAAACAUAAGAUUCACCGAGGAGAACCCAGGGUGUCUUAAAGCCGUAAUUCAUAGACGGAGUAACACGGGAGGAUAAAUGAACCUGUGAACCAUUUUCAGUGUAAAGGAUUCUUUGUACGGUUUGAAAUUGAACCAAGGAAUUUUCAUCUCUCGCUGCCCUUUUACAGUUUGGACGUCUUUUCAACCAGGAAGCUAUCAUUGAACUCACUACGUAAAAGUAUUUUUUUACCUAUGAUUAUUGUAAAGUCUAUCAUACAUGUACUAUACUUUAUUCGAUGCAGAAAAUCAACGAACUUUUUCAUAAUACAUUUUACUGUUAUUUGUUCUGAAUUUUUUUCAAAGUCGUAUUCGUCGUAUCGUUUUACAUCCAAUGCGACAUUAAGGUACUGAAAAUUAAAUCACUUGAACUUUUUUUUUUCUUAUUGCACACGACACCGUCGAAAUGGGCAAAGUACGGACAAAUUCGAAAUCGUGUGAAAACUUUGCUAUUUCAUUGUUUACAUACAUAGUGGAUACAAUUGUAUAGAAUAUGUAUUGAAUAAAUGUUUAGAAAAUAAA